AUGAUCCUCUCGCCGACCAACAUCGAGCUGACGAAAAUCCACUACUAUGACGAGAAAAUCCGCCGUCAGCAGGAAAACCUGAAAUUUUCCUCGAGAGAACACACGCAGAACGAAUUCAACAAGAAUGUCAUCAUAAAGAGGAACGUGUUCGGGAGACGGUGGGUGCUCAAAAUCAACGAAACCGAUCGGCAGGACGAAAAGGAGAAGAAGACCAAAGUGGUGGUGUACGUUUUGGUUUUUUGCUCCAUCAUCGUAGCCGUGGGUUUCGGGAUUUUUCUGUCUUUCGAUAAACGCCUCUUUCAAAAUUCACAUGAAAUUGAGAACAAUGAUGUUCCUAACAAUUCAGAAAAUAUUGCGAAUAUCACAGAGGAGAAUUUCAACUCUAGUUUCCAAGAUUCAGCCGAAGAUAUGUCAGAAAGUGAAUUCAACGAAACAUCGAAAGAGACAAAAAACACCGCAAAAAACACUUUUUGCACUGCCUGUAUUCGCGACCAAGAAAUAUGCCUGAAAGUCCACGAAACUGGAAAACCCGAAUGCGUAAAAGCCGAGGACUUGAACGAUCCGACAGGUUGCGGAGGACUCUGUCAAAUCGGUACUCACUACUGUCAAAUUCUCGAUCGAAAUUCCAGCGUCUAUCAAUGUUCGAUUCUGAAGACCACCCUCGCAUGUUCCAACGGAACAUUCAGCUGUGGGAACAUGUGCGUUUUAGGGAGUAGCAGGUGCGACGGUAUUUUGGACUGCUCUGAUGGGUCCGAUGAGAAAAAUUGCGAUUGUGAUUUGAAAACCCAUUUUCACUGUGGAAACUCAACAUCCUGUUUGGAACUAUCGAGGAAAUGUGACCAAAAUCUUGAUUGCUGGGACAAAUCAGAUGAAGUGGAUUGUGUCAAAGGUUUGAAAUGUCCCGAAGAUGAAUUUCCCUGCGUCGACAGCCAUUGCAUACCGAAAGAAAAUUUUUGCGAUGGGAAUUUUGAUUGUCCUGAUAGAUCAGAUGAACCAGUAGGGUGCCAAGUUAUACAUUGA